ACUCCUUUAGUUAUACAACUGAAAAUCAACCUAACUCUGACUAUAUCCAUAGCUUUCGAACGGACUCUGGCUCUUGCUUUUCCUAUGACUUAUCGUAAGCUGUCCUCUUCCACAUAUGCAGCCUACAGCCUGCUAAUCGGCUGCUUACUCGCAGUUCUCGAUCUCGUCGUCGAAUUCACCCUCAAUCCUUUCGAUCGAAAAACAAAUUGUUCAGCUAUUGGUUGCUUUGUAAGCAAAGAAUUCCACUACUAUUGGGGAUCCAGUAAUAUGGUAAGUCAACUGAUCAAUUUGAGCUGA